UCUACUCUCUCUCUCUCCGGUUUCGAUCCUCUCUUAUUUAUAAAAAUACGCCAUUAACUCGCUAAAACCCUCACUCAAAACCCUGCUAUCGUGUUUGCCGCUCUGUCCCUCCCUCCAGCCUCUCCUCCUCGCCCUCCCAAACCCUAGAGAAACCUUCGCCUGCUCUGCCAUGGAGUUCUGGGGUGUUGAAGUAAAGGCUGGACAGCCCAUUAAGGUUGAACCCGAAGAUGAUGAAAUCAUCCAUAUUUCGCAGGCUACCCUCGGUGAAUCAAAGAAGAAGGGAGAUGAAUCUGUGCCUCUUUUUGUUAAUUUCGACAAUAAGAAGCUGGUAUUGGGAACUCUGUCUGCCGAUAAAUUUCCUCAAAUCUCUUUUGAUUUGGUUUUCGAGAAGAAGUUUGAACUUUCACACAACUGGAGUGGUGGAAGUGUGUACUUCAUGGGGUACAGGACAGCAAUAGCGGAGGAGAAUGAUUUUGAUGAUAUGGGAACUGAUUCAGAAGAAGAGGAUGAUUUCCCGAUGAGCCUCGAACGGAAUGGCAAGGUCGGUCCCGGACCUGUGGCAGCAAAGCCAGCCUUAGGUAAUGCUAAUGCUGCUAAGCCUAAGUCUGCAGAGAAGCCAAAGGCUGCAGAAGCAGCUAAGGGUAAGGGAAAGGAGAAGGAUGGUGAUAGUGAUGAGGAUGAGGACGAGUCAGCUGAGGAUGACUCUGACGAGGAGGAGGAAACCGAUAGCGAGGCUGAUUCUGAUGAUGAUGAGGACAGUGACGAGGACGAGGAGGACGAGACUCCGAAGAAGGCUGAAGUGGGCAAGAAAAGAUCCAACAAGUCUGCUUCCAAAACUCCUGAUGCCAAGAAAGCAAAAUUGGUUACUCCUCAAAAGACAGAUGGAAAGAAGGGUGGCCAUACAGCCACUCCUCAUCCUGCCAAACAGAGCGGGAAGACUCCUGCCAGUAACAAGAAGCAGCAGCAAACUCCUAAGUCGGGUGGCUCAGUGACCUGCAAUUCUUGCAGCAAGACUUUCAAUUCUGAGACUGGACUCCAGUCUCACUCCAAGGCAAAGCAUGGUGCCAAGUAGAAUGCUCGUACCUACUACAUAUUUUGAUAUGGUUUCAAGGCGGCAUAUUUUUGCGUGUGGUUACUUUUAGUAAAAACAUUUCUUGGUGGGGUUGGACUCGUAUUGGGAAAGGCUGUGCCUUGAAAAUUUUGGUAGGUUUCUGAUGAGGAGUCUUUGUAACAGAGUUGGACAAAUUUAUAUCGACUUGAGCUUGGUCUCUAGUGUUUGGCAUGUUCAUCACAUCCAGUUUCUUUCCGCUAGUUUUCCAAAUAUGAAAUGAGAAUGUUGUGCAUGAUUUUUAAGUUUAA